AUGAUUGCAGGUGCAAAUAAACAAGGAAAUCGUAUGGAUCGAUUGAAUUGUCCAACAGACGUUAUUUUUGAUCAACAAAAUCAUUCGAUCAUCAUUGCUGAUUCUUCGAACAGACGAGUGAUUCAAUGGUUGAAUCAAAAUCAACAAAUUCUCAUUCAGAAUAUUGACUGUUGUCACUUGGCUAUGGAUAAAUAUGGAUUUUUGUAUGCUUCUAAUUGGAAGAAGGAUGAAGUGAAACGAUGGAAAUUGGGCGAAUAUAACAAUGAAGGAAUUGUAGUGGCUGGUGGAAAUGGACAAGGAGAUCAACUCAAUCAACUAGAUACUCCAGGUUUUAUCUUUGUUGAUGAAGAUCAAUCUGUUUAUGUAUCGGAUUCUUACAAUAGUCGUGUGAUGAAAUGGAGAAAAGAUGCAAAAGAAGGAACAGUUGUGGCUGGAGGAAAUGAUUUUGGAGCAAAUCUUAAUCAAUUGUCUUCACCUGAAGGAGUAAUUAUUGAUGAUUUGGGUCGAAUCUAUGUGGCAGAUUAUUGGAAUCAUCGAGUAAUGCGUUGGUGUGAAGGAGAAGAAGAAGGUGAAAUUGUUGUUGGUGGUAACGGCGAAGGAAACCAAUCAAAUCAAUUAAAUCGUCCCCGCGGUUUAUCUUUUGAUGAUGAAGGAGAUCUUUUUGUUGCUGAUUCGGGAAAUGAUCGAAUUGAAAAAUUUGGAAUAAUAUUGUGA